AUGUACAGUCUGCUUGAUCUACCGGAGGAGGCCCGGCACAAGAUCUAUAUGGCAGCAGGUCUCGUAUCUGGCGAGACGAUAAAACUAGAGCCAAAAGGUGGAAACGCCUUGACUAGACGGCCACCUUUGGCGUCACUUCGCUUUACCUACAACGUCCUACAAACCUGCAAGACCGUUUAUGAAGAGGUCAAGACCCUCAUUUGCGCGCACAACACCUUAGUUGUCGGUCACGAGCAUGUAGAGUCUGGGCUGGAGUUUCUUCGUCGUCUUAGCCCUCAGCAGUGUUCGGUACUCACUCAUGUAUUCGUCCAACUCCAUUUCGAAGCAUCUGAGGGUAGCUGUGCACGGUACGACGCUCUGGAACAUCGCCCGCUCAGCAUGGUGAUGUCACUGAACUCAGCACGCCUCAGUCUCUGGCAAGCGACCGCAAGACAUAUUUUAACCAAUGCGACGCCUCAGACCUUGGCUCUGAGUCUCAUCUGUGAAACAGGAGUUGGCCAUACAACCACGGCCGUCCUUCAGCCACUCAAUGAGAAUCCAGGCGUGCUAAGAGUAUGUGAACUUCAACUCGGCCAACAAAGACAAGAUAAAGCAAUUAGCGCCAUUGCAUGCGAGACAGCUGCACGUGCUCGUGGCCUCAGUCCUGGCCUGAGAGAACGUCCCUUCCCUCUAUUUGACCUUCCUGUCGAGGUCCGACGACGUAUCCUAGAGUACACGGGUCUCGUCGCGCCCCACAAAGAGGUCUACUGGAGCGCACAACAAGGGUUUCGCAUCGCCACUGCAGCAUCCCGAUGCGGCGGUGAUAGCCCCGACCCAUAUCUCCAUAGUCGUUGUAAUGGUGUGUCGUGCAUGGUAUCGAAACAUUACACGCCGCCAAGCAUCUGCCUUCAGCGUCGAAGUGGAUAUUCAUCUCGUUGCUAUUGCUGGGUCUCGCCACAGUCCAUCUUUACAGUCAGCCAUGCGCUGUACCGCAAGGCUGUGCAAGUACUUUACUCAUGUAACCGCAUCGUCAUUGUCCCAUCAAAGGGACUUCGAUCGAGUCUGAGCGAGAAUGACAGAACGGAGCGCCUCGAUGUAUCUAAAUUCAUUACAAGACACAUGUGGCCGGAUACUCUCCGCAGCCUCCGCCAUCUCGAGAUCGUGUUUCCAGCCAUUGACCCUGAAUGUGGUGCAACAACUCAUGACCCCUACUACCUUGACUUGUGCUCCGCCAUCCGGCAGCUGGAAGCACACACCGAUGUUGGCCAAUUGAAGGUCGUUGCAAAUAUGACCAUGGCCAGCUCAGUACUUCAAGAGGAUUCCGAUUGGAUUCAUCGCCAAUUACUUUUGGCGGGAGGGGAUCAGUCAUCGGUCUUUCGUGUCCAUGGUCAUCUUUUAGGCCCUCUGAUAGGUCUGCAUUGCAAAGGGCAAUUCUUUGUUCAUGUUGAGUGGGCAUGGCAUUGGUGUCCACCCACGGAUGUAUUUACAGAUGAGACACAUGCCGAGGUUGACAGCAUAGAGGCAAAUCUGGAGAAGAUGAUCAUGGGCAAUGAGUAUGAUAGUGAGGCUGCGGGAAGGACAAAUGAGCUCCCAAGUACUUGGUUAUUUGAUACCUGGGAUUUCCUCGAGUAUGAAAGGUUGACUGGUCAUCCAGCUGACAACAUUCUUAGCGACCCCUAG